CCACUCUCUUCUCCACAAGGGGAAGGCGUUUACUUGGCCCAGAUGAGAUGAGAGAGACAGAAAGGCGUCGAGGUUUUAACUGGUGCCAUUUCUUUUGCCGCACCCCGCUCAAUUGCUUUCCUCCUGUAUUUAUUAGUUCUACAACCUUGGCGGCUCUACUUGUCUCUCACCCAUUUCCUUCUCAUCAUCAGUUCACCUCCGCGUUCGUUCUUCCCUCAGCACAUAGACAGAGGGGAUCCGGCUUGCUUGCUUUCACGGAUCGGGAUUUCAGAUCUGCUUUUUCCGUUGCAGACUUUUGAAGCGGAGUCUGCUUCUGGAGCCUCAACAUCCGUCAGUAACUUCCGGUCCUUACGCCGCACGGUUUCUACAUUGCUGAUAUGGAGACAACUCCGGCAGACGAGUUUCAGCAUUUGCUGAUCAACGUCGACAACGGAGAGCUGAGCUCUUUGCCGAAGAUUCGAGUCCGGAACCUGACGAAGAAGUCGGACGCCGGCGUCCCUAUCCUAUCGAACGUUUCGCUGGACGUGCCCAGGGGGCUGGUCGUCGGGGUCAUCGGGCCGAGCGGGAGCGGGAAGUCCACGCUGCUGAGGGCACUAAACCGACUCUGGGAGCCACCCUGCGGCUCGGUCUUCCUCGAUGGCGAGGACAUCAUCGAUCUCGACGUGCUCAAACUCAGACGCAGGGUCGGCAUGCUUUUCCAGCUACCCGUUCUAUUUGAGGGUACGGUCGCGGAGAACGUGAGGUUCGGACCCGGUCUCGUGGGGAAGAAGCUGACCAACGAUGAGGUGUCCAAACUCCUAAACCUGGCGGACCUGGACUCUUCCUUCGCAUCAAAGAAGGGUGCUGACCUAUCGGUGGGUCAGGCUCAGCGAGUCGCACUGGCUCGGACGCUAGCUAACGAGCCCGAGGUGCUGCUUCUAGACGAACCCACCAGCGCCCUGGAUCCUAUCUCGACCCAGAACAUCGAGGACGCCAUAGUCAAGCUUAAAAAGACCCGAGGAUUAACGACCGUCAUCAUCUCCCACAGUGUGAAGCAGAUACAGAGGAUCGCUGAUCUGGUCUGCCUCGUCGUCAACGGCGAGGUCGUCGAGGUGCUCAAGCCGGAUGAGCUCUCACAGGCCGAGCACCCCAUGGCUCGAACGUUCCUCGAGCUAUCCUCUUGACAUGGCAAAUUAAAGGAGAGCAAUGAAGGCUGUCAGUUUAUUAUGGCAUAUUUCAUUGGGAGUCCUGUAAAUUUUGAGGGAAGAAAGAGGUAUGUUGCCUAUGUAUUAUGUUGUGGAACACGAUCAAGCUACCAAACAGCUCGGCCCAUCCAUAAGCUGGGACUGGGCGAAAGAUGAACACAGGAUGCCAAGUGCUCAACCUGGUUGGACUCUUAUAAGCCUACCAGUCAGAAUAUUCUAAAUGAAGUUUCUACUACAAAUUUAAAGCAAAGCUAUGCGUUUGAUUUUACGGAUAGGUCUUUUUCAGAAUUCAAAUUAUGUUCCCCCUAAUAAG